AUUCCGAAGUCUAAACUUCUCUGGAUCUGCUCGUUGUUCGAGGAGUCACAGAGAUAUUUGCCGCCUGCAGGACAACCUCCUCAAGUUUUCUUCUCUACCUCAAUAUUCUUCCUCAAUUGAUUUAAUUUCGAAGAUAUGAUUUCAACGCGAUUUCUAAGACCUUCAGUCUCGAUUUUUGGAUUUGGAAUUAAGUCAUCAAUGUCGUCUCGUGCUCCACCAAAAGCUCUUCUGCAAGAUAUGGUUGUCCCACCGCGGCAACUUUUUGGACCAGGACCAUCGAACAUGGCUGAUUCGAUUGCUGAGACCCAAUCUCGCAAUUUGUUAGGACACUUGCAUCCAGAAUUUGUUCAGAUUAUGGCAGAUGUUCGUCUGGGUCUUCAGUAUGUCUUCAAAACCGACAAUAAGUAUACGUUUGCUGUCAGUGGAACUGGUCAUUCUGGAAUGGAAUGCGCGAUGGUUAAUCUUCUCGAGCCCGGGGACAAAUUCCUUGUAGUAGAAAUUGGACUUUGGGGACAAAGAGCUGCUGAUUUGGCUAAUAGAAUGGGAAUCGAAGUUAAGAAGAUUACUGCUCCGCAGGGGCAAGCAGUUCCAGUUGAGGAUAUCAGAAAGGCAAUUGCUGAUUACAAACCAAAUUUGGUUUUUGUCUGUCAGGGAGAUAGUUCAACGGGAGUUGCUCAACCAUUGGAAACAAUUGGAGAUGCUUGCAGAGAGCAUGGUGCUCUGUUCCUUGUUGAUACGGUGGCGUCCCUCGGUGGAACUCCAUUUGCAGCAGAUGAUCUGAAAGUUGAUUGUGUCUAUUCGGCAACCCAGAAAGUUCUCAACGCUCCACCAGGACUUGCGCCUAUCUCAUUCUCCGAUCGAGCCAUGGAAAAAAUCCGGAACCGAAAACAACGCGUCGCCUCGUUCUACUUUGAUGCCAUCGAAUUGGGCAACUAUUGGGGUUGUGAUGGAGAAUUGAAAAGAUAUCACCACACUGCUCCAAUCUCCACUGUAUAUGCUCUUCGUGCAGCACUUUCUGCAAUUGCAAAAGAAGGAAUUGAUGAAUCAAUCCAAAGACAUAAAGAUAAUGCUCAAGUGUUGUAUGCUACUCUGAAAAAGCAUGGAUUGGAACCAUUUGUAGUGGAUGAGAAAUUGAGAUUGCCAUGUUUGACUACUGUGAAAGUACCGGAGGGUGUUGACUGGAAAGAUGUUGCUGGAAAAAUGAUGACAAAUGGAACGGAGAUUGCUGGAGGACUUGGUGCAACUGUUGGUAAAAUCUGGAGAAUCGGAACGUUUGGAAUUAACUCGAAUUCGACAAAAAUCGAAAAUGUUGUGGAACUUUUGUCGAAAUCAAUUGGAGAGAAAAGCAAGUAGAUCCAUCAGUCGUAGAUCCAUCAAUUUGUGAUUUCAUGCUAAUUUAUGAUUUAUUGUAAUUUCGUAUGCGUUUUGUAUGAACAUUUUAAAUUUAUUUAAUGUUUUUAUGGGUUUUAAUUUGAAUGAACAAAAAACAAG